AUGGCUCUCAGUCUCUUGAACAUCUCAACAAUCCUCGGACAUAAUGUGUGUCCAUCUUCUGAGUGCGGCAACGUGAGCGUGCAUUACCCUUUCAACCUUGAACACGAGAUGCCUUCAUCUUCUUCGAUCAACUGCGUCAAUUUCAAUCUGAUCUGCAAUGACAGCUCAGGCACCACCAUUUUUCACCUUCCUCCAGAAGUACAUUUCUACGUGCGAAAAAUCAACUACACUCAGCAAUACAUCCAACUCUACGAUCCUCAAAACUGCCUCACAAAGAGACUGUUCGACUUGAGCCUCCCUGUGCCUUCUCCUUUCAAGACUAACUAUGAAAACUACACUCUCUACGUAUGCCCUCCUGAUCUUGCUAUGGCCUCGAUUCCUUGCUUGAGCAACUCCACCAACAUGACCGUAGUUGCUAGUGGAUCCUUCAAGGAUGACAAUGUGAGCCCACGCGCUCUCGCCUUCUUCCAGUUCAUCAAGAUAAUGCUUUCUCCUUAA